UAUAAAUCAACAGAAUUGUCCUGGCGUUGCACGAAUUCUUCUGGUUGCUGCUGCUCACUGUCCUAGUUUGAAUUCCGACAGGAGCACCGCAGUUCCGUUGUCGUCUUCCCAAAUUGCGAGAGGUUCUGUCACUUGGGCUUACCCGAUCUGGUCGUUGAAUUUUGGGAUAUUGGAUUGCAACUGUAUCUUGAUCGGACACUGCGAUCUUGCUACUGUAUUGCUAGGACAGAGCGAAAGGAGAAAAUUGGAAGUUUCUGGUCUCUAUAUGCUGCAAUCCCCCACGCGGCCAUCUCAUCUAGCUCUAAUUGCAUUGUAUUGCGAGGAUGGAGCUUCGAGUCUCUCUAUCGCUGAUUGCAAUUGUCGGAAACAAGAGGAGGAGAAAGAUGGGUCUCUAGAAGCUGCGAUCCUGUCGUGUAAGCGAAAAAAGAAUUUUCAGGUCUCUCUAAGCCGCAAUCCCGUUGCUGCCUUCUCUGCAAGCUCUAAUCGCGAUUGUAUAGCGAUGUUCAGUGCUGAGGGCUACGAACUUCUGUAUCGAACAACCCAGUCAUUGCAAUGGAUCAGGCAUUUUGAGUCAUUCAAGCAAGACUGCCUCCCAAUCAAUGCGCAUAGUAGAAGUUCUGUCAAACAGCUACUUUCUUUGGUGGAGCUAAAACUACGAGAAGUAAUCUCGAGAGAACCUACACUUCUUGUUAUGGUAGUUGGAGUUCCUAAUGUUGGAAAAUCUGCUCUUAUCAAUUCUAUUGGUCAGAUUGCGGAUUCUUAUUUGCCUGCACAGGAAAAGAGAAAACAUGCUACUGUCGGCCCUUUUCCAGGUGUCACUCAGGAUAUUGCGGGUUUUAAGAUUGCGAAUCAGCCUAGCAUUUAUGUUCUGGACACCCCAGGUGUGCUGGUGCCUAGCAUUCCAGAUAUUGAGACAGGCUUAAAGCUUGCUGUUACAGGGGCUGUGAAAGAUUCAGUAGUAGGCGAAGUGCGUCUUGCUCAGUACUUGUUGGCUCUUCUAAACAUGCGCAAGACCCCCCUGCAUUGGGACCGCUUGCUAAACGAACGUGCAAUUGCAACUCCAAAUGAAGUUGUUGGAACGGUCGAAAAUGUGCUGAAAGAUUCUAUUCCAAAUCGGAGGAAUCGCAGGAAUACGUACGAGGCCUUAUAUAUUGAGGAUCUUGUAAAGUCAGUCCAAAAAACAUUAUGCAUCACAUUCUCAGAGUUUGAGGGCAACUUGGAAGAGGAGAGGGAGUUGGAAAGUCUCAUACACAAGCAGCUUACAGCACUACAGAAGACCUUCAGGAUACCUCCUCACAAGGAUUCUGCUGAGGCGUUCAUUAAGGUAUCUAAAAAAUUGUUGAUAUUAUUCAGGACUGGGAAACUUGGAACUUUCAUUCUGGAUGAUCUUUCAGAUGCUCCUAAGCUUGUUUCUUCACACUGUUGAAGCUCUAAUCUGUUAUCCAUGGCAAAUAAAGUUUGCAAGUUGCCAUAAAUUUUAUUUAUCAUCGCACUG